UACGACAAGUGACACAGCUGUAGAAAAGGCAGCCCACAAGAGUCUUUUUUGUCAAACACGUUGCAACUGCCGGCGCUGUCAGUACUGAAAAAGGGAUUGGCUUGAGCAUGGAGCAAGAACCAAAGAAAAUAAGAGAAGGCUACCUGGUUAAGAAGGGAAGUAUGUUUAACACCUGGAAGCCAAUGUGGGUAGUGCUCCUAGACGAUGGAAUUGAAUUCUAUAAGAAGAAGAUUGACAACAGUCCCAAAGGAAUGAUCCCCCUGAAAGGAAGCUCUAUCAAUAGCCCAUGUCAGGAUUUUAGCAAAAGAAUGUUUGUCUUCAAGCUCACCACAGCCAAACAUCAGGACCACUUUUUCCAAGCCGCCUACCUUGAGGAGAGAGAUGCCUGGGUGCGGGAUAUCAAGAAGGCUAUUCAAUGCAUCGAGGGAGGCCAAAGAUUCGCCAGAAAAUCCACCAGAAAGUCCAUCAGGCUGCCUGAAACAAUCAAUCUGAGUGCCUUGUAUCUCUCGAUGAAGGAUUCCGACAAAGGAAUAAAAGAACUGAAGCUGGAAAAAGACAAAAAAGUGUUCAAUCACUGCUUUACAGGCAGCUGCGUGAUUGAUUGGCUGGUGUCGAACAACGCUAUCCGAAAUCGCAAGGAGGGUCUCAUGCUAGCCUCUUCCCUAUUAAAUGAAGGCUACCUGCAGCCAGCUGGGGACACUUCCAAGAAUGCUGCUGAAGGAUUAACAGACACCCCCUUCCUUGAUUUAUCUGAUGCCUAUUACUACUUUGCAGACAGUGGGUUCUUCUGUGAAGGGAAUUCUAGUGAUGACGACGUGGUCUUGAAGGAAGAGUUCAGAGGCAUAGUGGUCAAACAGGGCUGUUUACUGAAGCAGGGGCAUCGGAGGAAAAACUGGAAAGUGAGAAAGUUUGUCCUAAGAGAGGACCCUGCAUAUCUUCACUAUUAUGAUCCUGCUGGGGGAGAAGAUCCACUUGGAGCGAUUUACUUGAGGGGCUGUGUGGUGACAGCUGUCGAAGACAUACCAGAUGCCAAGAAGCAUGACGUUGACACCAACCUGUUUGAAAUCAUCACAGCAAAUGAAGUCCACUAUUUUUUGCAAGCAGCCACACCUGUGGAGCGUACAGAAUGGAUCAAAGCAAUUCAAGUUGUUUGUAGGACUGGGAAAUGAAGACCAGCCUCCAGCAAAGAAAAGCAAACUGAGAGCUCGUAGCAAAAGGGAAUAUUAAGAUGUAGCCCAGAGAAGUGAUUUCAUCCAUAGAAUCUCCUCUCCCUGGAGCUUGUGGGUAGAGUGGGCAGUUUCAUUUCUGUCAUGGCUACUAACAAACUAUUGAACUCUCCACUAUUGUAACCAAGAGAUUUUACUAAUUUAUAGUAUAAAAUGUGUCUUACUAACUUGUUUCUUUGUAAUUAUUAGUGCAUCCUGUGAAGGUAACACCUUGUGCCUUCUUUUGCUCAUAUUGAAGAUGGUGAGAGUUUUGUCAUUAACUUAGUUGAGGGCAAGAUCAUGCAACUGAUGUAAAUAAAACUAACUCAAAUUGUCA